GAGAGCGAGCGUCCUGCACGAGGACAGGUGAAUCACCAUGACGACAGAGCCAGGUGAGCCGCAGGAAGCCCAGCCCACAGAGGCGGAGUCUUUCCCUGAGGCCGCCGCCCACUCCACACCCAAACAGGGCGGGGAGGGCGGGCCGUGGCAGAGCCAAGCUCACAGCUCAUUGGCCGAAGACACAGCCAGUCACCUGUCGUCCAGCAGCCGCAUCGCUCGCUCGCCGGCCAGAAACCCGCUGAGCUUCAGGACCAUGCAGAUCAAAGUGACCCUGCUGGACGGGUCGCUGUACACCUGCACCAUGGAGAAGCGUGCACGUGGCCUGCAGCUUUUUGAGAAGGUGUGUGAGCACAUCAACCUGCUGGAGAGAGACUACUUCGGUCUGACAUUCAGGGACGCAGACAACCAGAAGAACUGGUUGGAUCCAUCGAAGGAGAUGAAGAAGCAGGUCAGAGGUGUUCCCUGGAACUUCUUUUUCAAUGUGAAGUUUUAUCCUCCUGACCCCGCCCAGCUGUCUGAGGACAUCACCAGGUACUUCCUGUGUCUGCAGCUCAGACAGGAUAUAGUUUCUGGUCGACUUCCUUGUUCGUUUGCGACUCACACAGUUCUGGGCUCGUACACCGUCCAAUCAGAGCUGGGAGACUACGACCCCGAUGAGUCCGGCUCAGAUUACGUCAGUGAACUUUGUUUUGCUCCAAAUCAAACCAAGGAGAUGGAGGAGAAGAUCAUGGAGCUGCACAGGAACUACAGGGGGAUGACACCAGCUGAAGCAGAAAUGCACUUCCUGGAAAAUGUAAAAAAACUUUCCAUGUAUGGAGUCGACCUUCACCAUGCCAAGCUGGUAGGAAGCCGGUUUGAUUGCUUGUCUUCAGCUAAGACAGAGGACUCGGAGGGCGUGGCCAUCAUGCUGGGCGUGUGCAGUAGCGGCCUGCUGGUCUACAGAGACAGACUGAGGAUCAACAGAUUCUCCUGGCCUAAGAUCCUCAAAAUUUCCUACAAGAGGAACAACUUCUACAUCAAGAUCAGACCUGGAGAGUUUGACCAGUUUGAGUCCACCAUUGGUUUCAAGCUGCAGAAUCACAGAGCAGCCAAGAGGCUGUGGAAGGUGUGUGUGGAGCACCACUCUUUCUUCAGGCUGGUGUCUCCAGAGGAGCCCCCGAGGCGGUUCCUGUCUUUGGGUUCCAGGUUCCGGUUCAGCGGCCGGACGCAGGUCCAGAGCCGCCGGGCGAGCGCUCAGAUCGCCCGGCCCGCCCCGCAUUUCCCACGAUGCACCAGCAAGAGGUACACGCUGAGCCGCAGCCUGGAUGGAGACAUGGGCACAGGGCUGUACGGAGCAUCUAAGGCCAUUGCCGUUAGUGACCUCAUCACCACGGUAACCCCAGAGAAGAGGGUGGAGGAGAGAAGGGCGGAGCAAGAGGAGGAGGUGCUGGUGGUGGAGGAGGUGGAGGAGAGGAGAGCAGAGGAGGAGGUGCAACAGGAGGAAGAGGAGAACACCAGAGCCACAGAGCUUUCACAGCCCAGCCCCCCCACCCAGAGACAAGACACCAAGACGGAGCUGACAGACACUGCUGUGGAUGGAGACCUGACAGCUACUGAGUCUGAUCAGGAUGAAGAUUUGAAGACACAGGAGGCGCUGGGGAGUCCAGAGGAGCUGAAACAGCAGAGCACCAUCAGCGCCCUGAGACGCUCCUUCCUGGAGGGAGGAGGAGGAGGAGGAGGAGGAGGAGGAGGAAUGAGUGAGUGGGAGAAACGCCUGGCAUCUUCGCCGCUUCGCAGAAUCGAUGAUUCCCCCAUGAUAGAACCACUGGAGCCUGAGGAGGCUCUCUCAUUGGACAGCAGCUCAGCAGUGCCCAAGCCCAGGUUAGAUGAAAUGUCUCCUGAACUGACGGCGCUGCUGAAGUCAGCAAGAGAACAAACAGCCUACAGAGAGCACGACCUGCUCAAGACAUCAGAGAAGGUGGAGACGGUCUUCCUGAUGACGGAGUCACAUGACCAGGACCAGCCAAUGGCAGAGCAGCCCAAGGAGGUUCCAGUUGUGAGGAAGACGCUCACAUAUGAAGCUCCAGGGAGCUGUGCUGACCCAGAUCCUCCACUGGGGGUGCUGAUGAGCUCUCAGACCUUCACUGCAGAAACCUCCAACACCACCACCACCACACACAUCACCAAGACGGUGAAGGGGGGAAUCUCAGAGACGAGGAUCGAGAAGAGAAUCGUGAUUUCAGGAGACACAGAAAUCGACCACGACCAGGCGUUGGCAGCAGCGAUCAGCGAGGCGCGGCGGCAGCAUCCUGAACUUUCCGUCACGCGAGUCGUCGUUCAUAAAGAGACUGAAAUCUGUCCGGAUCACAUGAUUGAUUGAUGGCAUCACAGGACUGAUCCUGGACCUGCUGCUGCAUUGUGGGAAAUGUAGUCCAGACCAAGGAGCCAAUCAGGAUGAAGAUGGUCCGCAGCAGCACUUAGUGGACCUUUACAGACCUGAGCAUUUACUGGACACACACACACACACACACACACACACACACACACACACACACGUAGUACGUACGCUCAGAUAGAGUUAACACCUGUCGCACACACACUCAUAAACACCAGGAGCUGCACUAAACUAUCUGUAAACCGUCUGUCUCUUCUGACCUGUCUGUCUGACAGGAGGCGGGGCCACAGACGGUUACCUAGCAACAGACCUGCGAGUGUUAGCAUCACAGCUUUCUAACACUGAUCAGAAACUGAGAUCAUCCAAACAAUUCAAAUCAAUAAAAACUCAGAAAAUGAUCAUAAACAGUGGAAACAUUGUAGACGAUGUGAUGGCCGCUAGCAUUAGCAGCUAGCAUUAGCCGCUAGCAUUAGCAGCUAGCAUUAGCAGCACAUUCUUCAUUGAGCAGGAAGCAGCUGCAGUCAGUCGUGUUCAGAAAUCAGUGUGGUUUUAUCUGUCCACGUUACCAUGACGACGCUGUGGUUAAACACUGCAAUGACUUUAACUUGCUACAUCACCUGACCUCACCUGACCUCCUGUCCUCAUCUGACCUCCUGUCCU